UUAAUUGCUUCACUGUUUUGCGAAUGUUUUGCAGCCACUGUACCUGUGUUCACAUGGCGCCUAUGUAGGGCUAGGUGAAGUGUGACAUAACAAUACGCACACACCUGAUGGCGUCAGGUAAUGUAGACGCCGCAAGGAUUAAGUGUCAAAACGAGUGGUUUGGAUUAUUGUGUAAAGUACACACAACAAACGAUAGGGUAAGAAAAAAAAACAAAUGCUACGAAACGUAAGGAUAUUCAAAAAGCAUCAUGACUAAUUAAGUGUAAGCAGCAACAGACUGCGUCUUUCGGGCGUUGUGUUGCUGUACGGGAAGCUGGCAAUCGACCGCUCGCCCAACUCCCCCGUGCAAGCGUUAGCCACCGUCACGGACACGGAAGUCAAUGACGGUGUAGCUAAAUGCUGAUGCAGAGUAAUUAUCAACGUUAGCAUUCUUCCCACGUUUCCACCAUGAGGAAACGGGCCAACUCGUAACAAGAAGAAACGUGCAUGCUUGUAUCCGUAAACGUACCACCGUGCAAAUAUGACGUUCCCGUCGAAAUACAGCUUCAUCAAGCCACAGACGCUGCUGCUGUUGCCCGCACCAAAGAAACAACCUGUCGUCAGAUAUCCGUACGUGGUGGCGGGCGGUGUUGGAGUGUUGCUGUUGAUACUCAUAUGGGUUGCUGGUCUUCGUGGCGGUGGCGAAACGGUCGGCGAGAGGCUAUCCCUCGAUCUGGCCGACAUCCCGCAGGUGGUGCUGGAUAAGGAGGCGGAACUGGCACGGGCCCGCAACCGGAACUGUUCCUACUGGGACUGCUUCAAUGUGUAUCGGUGUGGGCAGCGCGCUCCCACACUGGACAAUGACGAUACGGACGGGGAGCGAAUAUCGAUCUACGUAUACCCGCUGAAGGAGUAUCUCGAUGCGGACAGCAAGCGACCGGCCGGCCAACUAUCGCGCGAGUUCUAUCGUAUUGUGCAGACGAUCGUAAACAGCCCGUACUAUACGGCAAAUCCAAACGAAGCGUGCCUGUUCCUACCGACGCUGGACACGCUUAAUCAGAACCGUAUCGAUACGACCCUGGUCGGAAAGGCACUCGCCUCGUUACCGCACUGGGAAAACGGGGAGAACCAUCUGAUAUUCAACUUCAUCCCUGGUAACAAACCCGACUACAGUACGGUGCUGGAUGUAAACACGGAUCGGGCAAUUAUUGUUGGGGCCGGUUUCGAUAGCUGGACGUUUCGUACCGAUUUCGACGUAUCCGUACCGGUGUACAGUGCCGCACUGGAGCACUACCGUUGGUCCGAACCACCGGCCGACCGUUCCGUACUGCUGGUAGCCGCCCAGCUCAAUAUCUAUCCGCGCCAGUUUCGCAUCCUGCAGGAGCUAACGUACGAUUACCCGAACGAAUUAUUGCUUCUGCAGCGCUGUCCAACCGCAACGGCAAAGGUGGACGAGUUGCUGGACUUUACGCAAACCGGCGACGAACCACACCAUCCACCAGCCGGUACCAUGCAGGACAUACGGUGUAACUUCCCGCACGGUAACGAACAUGACUAUCCGGCCGUACUUGCGACCGGCACGUUUUGUCUGGUGGCGCGCGGUGUACGGCUCGGGCAACCAAUACUGCUCGAAGCGAUGGCGGCCGGCUGCAUACCGGUGGUGAUGGCGGACAACUACGUACUGCCGUUUGCUGAUCUGCUCGACUGGGAGCUGCUUGCCGUUCGGUUGCACGAAACCAACCUGCACACGAUCGUACCGGUGCUGCGUGCCAUCUCGGCGGAACGUAUCGCGGAAAUGCAGUCACAGAUACGCGCGGUUUAUCAACGAUACUUUGCGACACUCGACCGGAUCGUGCUGACCGUGCUGGAGCAGCUGAAUGAUCGUAUCUUUCCGCACCGUAGCCGUUCGUACCUGCACUGGAACGUUGGGCCGGAGGCACGGGUUACGCAAAACCCGCUCUUUUUGCCACUGAUCGCACCGAAAGCGCAAGGCUUCACUGCCGUCAUACUGACGUACGAUCGGCUGGAGAGUCUAUACAUACUGAUCCAGAAGCUGGCAACCGUACCGUCGCUGCAGAAGAUGCUUGUGGUGUGGAAUAACCAGCGCAAGGCACCGCCCCAUCCGUCGCUGUUUCCCAAGAUUGGCAAACCGCUCAAGAUCAUACAGACGGCCGCGAAUCGUCUGUCGAACCGGUUUUACCCGUACGAGGAAAUUGAAACAGAAGCAAUCCUAACGAUCGAUGACGAUAUCGUUAUGUUGACGGCGGAUGAACUCGAUUUCGGUUACGAGGUGUGGCGCGAAUACCCAGACCGUAUCGUUGGCUUCCCAAGCCGUACGCACGUUUGGGAUAACACAACCGGCCGGUGGCGGUACGAGUCCGAAUGGACGAAUCAAAUCUCGAUGGUACUAACCGGUGCCGCAUUUCACCAUAAGUACUGGAGCUAUCUCUAUACGCACGCGAUGCCGGGCAACAUUAAGGAGUGGGUCGACGAGCACAUGAACUGUGAGGAUAUUGCGAUGAACUUUCUGGUGAGCAAUAUUACCAACAAGCCCCCGAUAAAGGUGGCACCGCGCAAAAAGUUUAAAUGCCCGGAAUGUACCAACAACGAGAUGCUGUCCGCCGAUCUGAACCACAUGACCGAACGGUCCGCCUGUAUCAAUCGGUUUGCAGAAAUUUACGGCACGAUGCCACUGCGGACGGUCGAGUUCCGAGCCGAUCCGGUACUGUUUAAGGAUAAUUUCCCCGAAAAGCUGAAGCGCUUCAACGACAUCGGCAGCUUGUAGGGUGUGUUUAUUUGCAAUACGAAAAGACACAGCAUAGUCAUUCUACCUGGAACGCCAUAUUGAUCGUAGUAUUUAGAAGCAAGGGAUUAUGGGGAGGGAUUUACUUUUAAACGAUUGUUGUGCUAUUUUUGUUUUGUGUGUUGUAUGUACAUUGUACACGUGUGGCCAUUUAUCUGACGGAUGUCUGGUGGCCGGUUUUAAUCAAGCAUGUUUUGUACAGUUAUGAUGCUUCUCGAUGCGCAUAUAACACAUUAGGAUAAGCGUGGACAUUAUGCUAUUAGGUUUUAAGGGCUAGUUUUAUAACGUUUCGGUCCUCACAUAUACACGAUCGAACCAUCCGACGAGGGUGUGUGUUCACCUCACACCUGAUAAUAAGUUAUAGCCGAACCGGAGAUAGGGUACAAAUAUGAUUCCACAGCGAAAAGGUAUACUAUAUUAAUUGUAAACGAGAUUAAUCUUGUGCGCGUAGUACUCAGCCAAAUAGUUCUCACAGUCAAUGCCCUGAUCUACGCAAGUAAGAAAAACAAAAUGGCAGCAUGAUCCAACAAAGAAACAAAUCCCACGACUGGCGGUGUAGCUGUAAAGCGCCAUCACUCACCAAUUGCUCCAGCAGAACUAUCCGGUCGGAGUGGAACGGUUCGCAAUUACAUAUCAAGAGAAACCUCUUACCGUUUGGUAGGUUCUUGUGCGUGCCGCGUACAAAAUUUGCCAUAUUUUUGUUUCGUUUUGUUAAGUACGUCCAGUGCAACACAGGUUUACACAGCGACCGAUUGCAGUAGCGGAUCCCAUCGUGAUCCGUACACAAGACGGUCGGGAUGUACAACCAAAAACCCCGGCUUUCAGUUGUAGGAACUAAAUGGGAUCGUCUGCGGCGUUCCUGAACUUGGGUGAGUUUAUUGAUCACAUCUGUACCAAGGGAGAGAAACGAUUGUACGAGCGGCUGAAGUUAAUGCUACCAAGGACCUACUGACGGCAGAGUUUCUUUUUUAUCUCACCAAAAAUCGAUCGAAAUCACGAGCCUGUUAUAGAACGUACACGGAGAAACCGUGAUCAGCUGCAAUUAAAUUCACAGCAAACGAAUUCCAAACGAAAACCUAACCACAGAUCAUUAGAACGAUAGCUUUAUGGGUCUACCCAUCUACGAUCAAAUUAUAAUAACAUACGUACAGUUGCUCAUACGACAGUGAUUACAUUUACGAUACCUUACGACAGAAUAAUGCGCGGUAGAAACACGCAUUGUGCAAUGAAUGUUCUAGUGGAAGACGCUAAUAUAUCACUCUAUAUUCAAGUGUUUCAAAUCAUUCUCAAUAUGUUAGUUAUAUUUAUUGUUUGUUUUCUAUUAAUUGUUUCACUAAUGGUGUUUGUAUUUUAUAUCUGCAACAGCUACAGUCAUCCAAUUUUAAUCCGUUCCAUUCGUUGUACAGGAGGUUCUUUUCCAUACGAGUUAUAUGAAAAGUGAAAUAAUACGUUCCACGCCAACAUAAUGCUCAUUCAAAGUUGCGCAUAAUUUGUUUAUCAAUCUGGUAUAAUAAAAAAAUGUGUUAAAAUAUAAUACUUUCCUUAAUUCUUA